CAGUGCAAUGCAGGGCGACUUUCUCUCUCUCUCUCUCUCUCUCUCUCUCUCUCUCUUUCUCUCUCUCUCUCUCUCGUCUUUAGGUUUCACCACCAAUCUUUAAGGAUCUGAGCAGCCGGUCGCCUCUGAGUGCUGAUAGUCGGCUGGAGGAAAAGAAAAAGAAGCGACAGAUCUUUCCUCUCUAAAAGGAGCAGAGUCGUUUUGCAGGGUUUCAGAUUCCAGAGAGCUGCAGGACCAGUGACGGAGACAGAGAGGGAGAGAGAGACAGACUUGGUGGCGUAGUGAAGGAGACGGACAUCAGUGGAGACGGAAAGAGGAAAGAGUGCAAAGCAGGGGCGCUUCAGGAGGCCUUCUCCUAGGGGAAAUCCUCGCAGUCGCAGAAGUUCUGUGGGUUGUGGGUGAUGACGUCCUAUGAAGCUCUGCACUGGAGCUGAUGUUCCCGAUCAGCGGGGGACUCCGGAGCCAAGGCUGGGCGACUCCGGAGCGGACUGAGGAACUGCAGAGACCCGCUCCUGUAUCGGGAAUCCGCUCUGAUCACCUCGAUCCCUUCCUCCUUCCCUUUGCAACCCCUGCAAAUUCCUCUGUCAGGCUUACCCCUGAACCAUAUCAGUGCAGUUACCAUGUCCAGCCGAAGGAAGUCCUUCACUCCCUGCAUGGUCUCUGUUAGCGAUGUGGAAAUGGGCGGCCCUACGGAAACGGAUGUCUUGGAUGACGAAUUGGUGGAGGACAGACCUUCCUCUCAGCAGCUUUCAUUAGAUAUGCAUCAAGAAUCAAGGCAGUGUGUAGCUGAAGACGAUGAGAGGGGUCACGUGGAAGGGACAGGAGAGAAGAUGGAAGAGAAAUCCUCCGCCCCACAGAAACAACAGAGUAGGGGUUACCAGUGCAAGUACUGCUCCUUCGCGACCCAGAAUCUCAGUGACUUCAAAGAGCAUGUGUACUCCACUCACCCCAACGUCAUUCUGAACCCUCUGUACCUGUGUGCUGUCUGCAACUUCAGCACCAAGAAGUUUGACUCCCUCACAGAACACAAUGAAACAGAGCAUCCAGGAGAGAGAAAUUUCAAGUUCAAACGGCUCAAACUUGACAAUCAGACCGUCCUAGAGCAAACCAUUGAGAAUGAGGAUGACUCAAACUCUCCAGAAUCUAAGCUUAUGCAAGAUGAUGAUGAUGCCUUUGAAUUUUUACCGUCAUGCCAAUCAGCCAUGCAGAAUGUUGAAAAUGCAGUCUUUAGUAAUGGAAAUGAGAUAGAGAGUAAUUUAGAUCAUCUACUGUUAAAGGAUCAGAUCACAGCAGUGAAUGUAAAUGGAACAAUCAUCAUCCCAGAGCCCAUGAUGCUCGAGGGCCUGUCCCAUGUCAUGCCUCUUUUGCAGCGACCCCCAAACCUGAGCUCCAUUCCAACAAUUGCCGUUCCUCUGAACACAAGCAAGUACAAUCCAUUAUUGGACACAAACACUACACUCAUUACAUCCUUUAAUAAAUUCCCCUAUCCAACUCAUGCAGAACUCUCCUGGCUCACUGCUGCUUCCAAGCACCCUGAAGAGCAGAUCAAAGUGUGGUUCACCACCCAGCGGCUCAAACAGGGCAUCACCUGGUCACCAGAAGAAGUGGAAGAAGCUCGCAAGAAGAUGUUUAAUGGCUGCAUGCCUCCUGCUCACCACACAUUCACCAUUUUGCCUACGCCUGUGAGCGAACCAGUUGCUACCAGCCAUUCUGUUGCACCAGCAGUGUCCUGCCAUGUUACUGGACAGUCCACCCUGUCACCUGCUACCACUGCAAAUGGAACUUCUGGUGCCUGUGCGACUGUCACUGUGACAACAGUUACUAAUAUGCAUAAUCUCAAGCGCCCUUUGGGGACAUCAGCGGUGGCCCAGGAUGUAAAGCGCCCCAUGAUUCCCACAGAUGAACACAAAGAAAAGUUACGUAUGGCACCUCCACCAGUCCCACCCCUAGAGAGACUAUCCAUGGCUCCUCCUCCUGUACCCCCAGACAGUAAGAGAUCCAUGCUCCCACCUUUGAUUACAACAGACAUGAAACGACCUGUUGUUGCCCCGUAUGUGCUGCCCAAGGGGAAAAUACAAAUGGCAUUUCCACUGGCACCCCACAAAGAUAAGACACCCAUGGCCCCCCCUCCUCUGUUACCCAGAGAUAGACCACCUAUGGUUCCCAUAGUCUCAACUGAUCUAAAGAGGUCUACGGUUCCCCAGCAAAUGAGAAAUCAAGCUCCUGCCUUUUCUCUCAUUUCUAAAGACAAGCUGUCACCUUUACCUACUGAUGUAAGUUUACCCUUGGUGCCCCCAUUGGUGACUUCUCAAGUGAAGAGACCACCAAUCAUUCAGACUGCAAGGGCCCCACCUGUUGCCCCAACCUUGAUCCCCACUUUCUCUCUGGAGAGUAAACCACUAGAGCUGUCAGUGGAACAAAAGCCCACAAGCUCAGAGAGUCGACCCACAGAGAGUCAGAAUGGCAAUAAUAGAGUCCCCUGUGGGGAUGGUAAAAAAUGGUUUUCUGAUCAGAGUGCACUGGCCCAUAAUGGUUUACGGCACUUAAAUAAUAACUUUGCUCCAAAGGAGCGUCCGAAAACAGUCCCAACCCAGUUCCCUCUCCUGGAAAGACUGAAGGGGAAAACUGCUGAGCAGCUAAAAGUUUUAGAAGAGAGUUUCCAGAGGAAUAGUUUCCCAUCACACAAGGAGGUUGACCACAUUGCAAUCACCACAAGACUCUCCAGAGAGGAGAUUGACAGCUGGUUCUCAGAAAGAAGAGCCCUUCGAGACAACUUGGAAAAAGCCCUCCUAAAUUCCAUGGGAUCCAAGAGGACUGGCAUUGCAGAGAGAAGAUCACUUUCACAGCACCAGCAUGCUUUGCUUAAUGGAGUUUACAAACAGGGUGGGCUACCCAUAUGCCAUCUGCCUCCCAUCGUUGCCCCCACCUCGUCAUCUGUGCCUAUGGAUAGAAAGUCCCUCAGCCUCCUUAAAGAUGUCUUUGUCCACACACGGUGGCCUUCACCUGAAGAAUAUAGUUAUCUGGAGACACAGACAGGUUUGGCUCGUACUGACAUUGUCAGAUGGUUUAAAGACAGCCGUUUGGCUCUGCGCAGUGGGACUGUAGAGUGGAAAGAGCUGUUCCACAAGCUAAGUGGCAGCGAGUCGAAUGGCCGGCUGAUCUCAGAUCAGCCCUGCAGUGUCGCUCUGCCAAGCCAGGAACGGAAGACGCCUACAGCAGAUUGCGCCAAACUAAGCAGCCAAGAGAUCAAAGAGUGGUUCAACAACUCACUGGGCCGUCGUGGGCCCGAAGUGGGGAAGAACGUAGGUCAGAAUGGAGGCAGCGGGGAGAAGUGUGGAGGCUGGGUGGAAGAAGCAGUGGGGACUAAGAUGGCGUCGCAAGAGCUGGUCUCAGACACGGAUUAGGGCACAAGAACAGGAGAAGAGGGUAGGAACUGCUGCCGCUGUCAUUUUGCACAGAAAUGUAUGAAAAGAAAAGAAGAAGAACAAGAGAGGUCUACUCUGAGAUGUAUUUUUGGAACCAAUGAUUUUGCUCUUGCCCUUUUCCACUGCACCAGCUAGCACAUGGCACCAGAAAGAAGUGAAAGGGGGCUGGUCACAUACAGCGCGGUGUCCUGAUCUGCAGCGGUGAUUCUGAAACACUACUUUGUGCUUCGUGUGGUUUGAAUCAGUGAGGGACAGGGCGAAUGCAUGGAGGAGAUCAAGACCAUAGAGUGCCAAAGCUGGAUUUGCUGCAUAACUACACUUUAAGAAAAAAGUUCUUGUAAAUAUUUUUUUUUUUCUGUACUGCUACAGAUUUGUACAAUUUUGCCGGAAACUUUUGUUACAUUUUAUAAUGGGAGCGAGUGGCCCCCAGGUUUUGCUCUAGCUGGUCUUUUCAGUGGACAUGUCCUACAUUUUUUUGUAACAACACCAUGAACCACUACAGGCAUUGGCAAUAUAUCAAACGGACAUUGAUUGAUUACAGUUUGUCUUUGGAGGGACUUCUUCAAAUCAGUGCAUUUACUGACUAUUUCAAGGUGCUGUUAAACUUUCUGGAUAUUACAUGCCGUCGCUUUUGCUAUAUUUACAGUUCUUAUAGCGUGAUAUUUUGCAAAGAACAGUUUAAAAAAAAAGGAAAAAAUCACUUUGCUGUUAAACACACCAAUGGACAAAUCUGCAAACCUGUUUUGUUCUGUAUAGGAAUAAAACACUCUCAAUCGCCAGCGUUUAUAUGUGAUAGUUCAACUCCAAUUGUAGAAACAAUUAAUCCGGUACCAGAUACACUUUCCAUAUUUACUGCUUCUGUAAUGUCAGCGUCACAUAUAUUAGAAAUACUGUACUUAUACCAAGGUCCUGCUUACUACUCUCCAAAAGACAGAUGUUGUCUGCUGUAAUCCAAUAAAACACAGCCUACCUAAAAA